AUGGCUCGCUUGGCGACUAGUGCGGUUCACCUCUGCCAGAGGCUUCAAGAGCUGAACCCUCAGAAGCUACUUCUGAUAGGAAAGCAGAGUGAGCAGUCCUCCCCGUUCCGACGCUGGACCACGGGCAGCGGCGCGGGCAGUUCCUACAGACACCACGAGCAUCGAAACAUUUACAAUAAGCAAAUGAGCGAAGGUAGCAACCCAGGGGGUGGCAAAGCUGCUGGUGGUGGCGGUGGCGUAGCUCGCUGGUCGCUGGGACUCGAGCACCUUUUGACCGACGCGGCCGGAGCGGCGGCUUUCGCGCACUUUCUGGACAAGGAAUUUGCAGCCGAGAACAUUAGAUUUUGGUGGUCGUGUGAACAGUACCGUACUUGUUCUGAGAACGAGACAGAGAGCGCAGAGGUCCGCGCUUCGCUGGCCAACGAGAUCUGGCAACGCCACCUGGCGGACAAAGCGCCGGAACCCGUAAAUAUCGACGCGGCUGCCAAGCGCGCGACGGCGCUGCGGCUUGACCAGCGACCGCCUCCUCCAGACCUGUUCAACCAGGCACAAAAACAGAUCUUCAACGUCAUGAAGUUUGAUAGCUAUCCGCGAUUCCUGCGUUCCGGCGUGCACGCGGAGUGCGCCCGCGCAGAUCUACGCGGCCUUCCCUGUCCUUACCUCGCUACUAAUGAUACACCUAAGAUAAAGAAGUCGUCAUCUAAUGCAUCGGAGCGCAGGCGCAGCGGAGGCGGGUCGCUGUUGGGCUGGAGGCUGCGCUCCGUUUCACGGGAUCGAGCUGUAGAGGACACGCCGCCGACAACUGAUGUCGUGGCUGCGAGUCAAACACUCGCCGGAGGCUGUUCACUUUGCCGCGUAGUUCUACCGGACGGCGCUACCUCCGUGGUGGGAGUCGAUGAGGCAGUGACCGUCAGACGUCUGGUCGACCGCCUGCUACAGAGGAGGAACCUGCUGUGCACCGCCUACGAUGUCCUGCUGGACGAACAGGGUGAAUCGCGUGCGAUAGACGCGGAAUCGCCAUCCACUGUACUCGGAGGCAAAUGUGCUGUGGUCGAGCGCAGAUGCGUCGUGCGCGUGCGCAUAGGCCCACGCGCGGUCCUCGUUCGAUGCAGGCCCACACGCCGUCUGAGACACGUGUUACGACCGCUUCUGCAGCGCUAUCCGCCAGAUAGUAGUUCCACACAAUGGCCGCAGGGAACACCGCUUAAUCCGGACACAUCAUUACAGGAAUUAGACGGUGCUCGUCUGCAAAUAGUAGAAGUCGGGGAUGGCGAGUGGCGCGCUGUCCGACUGAACAUCGCGAGGACGGGGGACCGGGACGAGGAUACCGACUCGUUGCCUGAUGUCGCCCUGCACCCGCACGACGAUGACACCUUGAGCAUAGACCGAAACUCGGGCAGUUCAGGUUACACCGAUGUAUCUCAAGGAUCACGAAGCGGGGCCCCGAGCGCCAUAACGUCGGGCUCAACCCAACAAGCACCUUUGCCCCAAGGGCCCGUGCCUGCCAACAGAGUGAGAGCAUCAUUGCGACCCGGCCCUCCCCUCCACCACCACCCACCAGGUAAAAUCGAUUUCCUCGAGAAUCUCCGCGAGACGCAGCGGCAACGACUACUGCCCCGCACCCCCCCGCCCUUACCACCGAAGCCGACGCAGCGCACCGCCCCGACAGUGGUCUGA